CCUCUUAAGAGAACUGGAGGGCCUCCUGACCGCACUCUCCGCCUCACCCUUCUAGUGAAAUGCCGUUCCCUCAGAGCCGCUCACUUUGCCUCUCGCAAAGCCGCCAUCUGAGAAAAACACAAAGCAAAACAAAGUAAUGACCCGCUUCGGAAAACUUCUAUCCGGAUAACGGGCUGUUUAUACGAAGACUUGGGGCGUAAGAAGUGGGUUAGAAAACGAGUGGAGACGAAAAGGGAACUCUUCCUAGCAAACGUUGAGGUUUAUUUUCCAAGGCUGCCGUUUGAGCCGGCGUGCUGUGACACGCCUGAAAAAUCCCCGCUCAGGAGGCAGAGGAAUGAGAAGCAUUGCAAAUCCGGGGCCAGCAUGGGCUACAUAGUGAGUUCACGGGCGCCCGGGGGUUACACACAGCGAGACAGGAUCUCAACAUGAUUGUGGAAUGCUUCCUUUUAAGCACACUGAACGGUGAGAACGAUACUUAGACCGCACAGAGUUCGCUUUAACCCUCCCCGAAACUGGAGCAGGUAGAGGAUUUUGCCGUGGCUAUAUCAAAGAUGAGACGACGCAGUGUGGGUGGAAGUUUCCACGUUAGACCACGAAUCUCGCCGUUCUCGGGCCACAGAGCACUUAACCACGGAACGCAGUUUCAGCGGGGUCGGUUUUCCCGCAGGAGCCCGAGUCCACACUCAGCCCGCCUUCUGCGCAGGCGCGCUGCCACUUACCCGGCAUGGAAGUGGUGGGUGUCUUGUGUGUGGCGCUGGCUGUCCUGACAUGGGGCUUCCUCCGGCUUCGGGACUUGGCGGAACGAGUGAGGUCUCCGGAGCAGGCGGGCCUGCCGGGAGCCGGAAGCCGGGCCCUUGUGGUGAUCGCGCACCCGGACGAUGAAGCCAUGUUCUUUGCUCCCACGGUGUUAGGCUUGGCCCGCCUGGAGCAGCGGGUGUUCUUGCUCUGCUUCUCCACAGGAAAUUACUACAAUCAAGGAGAGAUUCGAAAAAAAGAACUUUUGCAGAGCUGUGAUGUUUUGGGGAUCCCACCCCCAAAUGUAACGAUUAUCGACAACAGCGAGUUUCCAGAUGACCCAGGAGUACAGUGGGACACAGAGCGUGUGGCCAGCACCCUCCUCCAACACAUAAACAUCAAUGACAUCAACCUGGUGGUGACUUUUGAUGCAGAAGGAGUCACUGGUCACAACAAUCACAUUGCGUUGUACAAAGCUGUGAGGGCCCUGCACUCAGAAGGGAAGCUGCCUAAAGGGUGUUCCAUACUCACUCUGCAGUCUGUGAAUGUGCUGCGGACGUAUCUCUACUUCCUGGAUCUGCCCUGGUCUCUACUGUCGCCCCACGACGUCCUCUUCAUGCUCACCAGCCAAGAAGUGGCGCAGGCCAAGAAGGCCAUGUCCUGCCACCACAGUCAGCUCCUCUGGUUCCGCCGCCUCUACAUCAUCUUCUCCAGAUACAUGAGAAUCAACUCGCUGCAGUUUCUCUGAAGCCAAGAAGAGUUUCCAGAUCUUCAGAACAAAGGGAGAAACAAAUCAAAAAGUCCUUGGGCCUGGCUUUGGGCUGGCUUGUCUCCUUAGCCCAAGAGAUCCCAGCAAAGCAGCCUCUGAGAACGAAUCAUGUGGACAAGUCACACAGACCCAGCUUCCUCCUUAGGGAGGAAACCACUAGGACUCCAGACUACACCAACACAAUAAUAGCUACCCCACCAGUUUACCAAUUCUUGUAAAAAAUAGUUGGCAUGAUAACAGAGUGUGUAUCAAACAUCUAGCAAGGCCUGGGCAGGUUGCCUUACCAUAAAUGAAUGUAAAGGUGCCAUAAAAAUAGCUCGCACUGGGGCUGGAGAGAUGGCUCAGCAGUUAAGAGCACUAGCUGCUCUU